GCCAGUAAGAGUCCAGUCUGCUGAAAUAACCAAGAAAAGAGAAGAAAUUGAGGCGGAAAUUAAAAGUGUGACGAAGUCAUGUUGACUUUGCGUAAACUGUAACUACGCGCACCUUUACUAUCACAAACAAUGACUGACGACAAGUGUGGAUGCGUCGAAGACUUCUCCGAUUCUUCCAUCCACGUGGACGUAAAGGAAUACUAUGGCCGUGUCCUUAAGGCGACUUCAGACCUGAAAAGUAACGCCUGUGUGGCCCCAGCCAGCCCCCUGCCCGCUUUCAUCCGCCAGGCUCUGGGCAAAGUCCACCCCGAAGUCAUUUCGAGAUACUAUGGCUGUGGCCUGGUGGUGCCCGAGUCCCUGGAGGGCUGCAGGGUCCUGGACCUGGGCAGUGGCAGUGGGAGGGACUGCUACAUGCUCAGCCAGCUGGUGGGAGACAAGGGACACGUGACUGGGAUUGACAUGACCCAAGACCAGCUUGAAGUGGCGAAAAAGUACCUGGACUACCACAUGAAAGAGUUUAGCUACAAAACGCCCAACAUCAGUUUUGUUCAGGGCUACAUUGAAGCUUUGGCAGAAGCAGGGCUUCAGAAGGACUCUUUUGAUAUAAUAAUUUCAAAUUGUGUGGUGAAUCUUUCUCCUGACAAGAAGAGAGUGCUGGCUGAAGCCUACAGCAUCCUUAAGGAUGGUGGUGAGCUGUACUUCAGUGAUGUGUACUGCAAUGGAAGACUAACAAAUGAAAUUAAAAAUCACAAGGUUCUUUGGGGUGAGUGCAUUGGAGGUGCACUGUGGUGGAAGGAUCUGGUGCAUUUGGCCGAAGAAGUUGGUUUCAGCUAUCCUCGUUUGGUGACAGCCAGCACCAUUACAGUGGGCAACAAAGAACUGCAGGACAUUCUGGGUGAUUUCAGGUUUGUUUCUGCCACGUAUCGCCUUUUCAAACUCCCCAAGGGAAGCUCCAAUCCCUGUCGGGUCAUCUAUAAUGGGGGCAUCAUGGGUGUGGAGGACUGCUUCCCUUUCGACUGCCAGUACACUUUCAAGGCUGAAGAAGUAACAGAGGUUGAUGGAGAUUUGGCCAAGAUCCUGAGCUCGUCCAGGUUUGCAGAGGACUUCACUUUUGAACCAUCAGGACGAGGACUAUGUGGAGUUAAAGCUAAGGAGAGCCUGGUGGAUCCUUUUGAACUGGUGCUGCAGCUGGAGAAACAAAAUCCCGGUUCUACCACUAGGGGGUGUUGCAGUACACAGUCUGCCUCCUGCUGCAAGUGAUGCUCAGAAAUGAUAGGCCUAAAAUAAUAACUCACUUAACUGUGGGAAUUUAUUAUUUUUGAUUGUGAAAUUCGUUUUGUAAUUUGCUUUUAUUAUUUUGCAAUGACAUUUAUUUGAUUCUACAAUAAAUAAAGAGGCCUAUCUGCCUACUAUGCUGCACCUU